GGGGAGUCCAACUGUCCGCAGCCGGAUUUUUCUCGGCAUCGCAAGCGGAGGAAGCGCCGCGCGGCUCUGCUGGAGGGGACCGUCCGGCUCCAGAUGUUCCCCCCAAAGAUGAGAUUUUGCCAUUCCUGGUUAGAAUCUACGAAGUAAGGUUGAGAUGUCGGAAGGUCCCUCCAGGAUCACAGGUCCCAUUCCUCCAGAUCCCACCCUAUGUCCGGAUUAUUACAGACGUCCGUUAUCAGCACGAGGAAGGCUAGAAGGGAACGCCCUGAAAUUGGAUCUGCUUCCUGGCCCCAUCCCGCCAGAGUUCAGCCUCUAUCCUGGAUGCUACAGCGCUCGCUGCCCGCAACCUCCUCCACGGAUUAAGCCCAACGCCAGGGACAUCUUGGAGAAGGGACAAAACGGCACCGUAGGAGUUCUCCUGAAGCUAGAUGAGAUCUCCUUCUUUGAAGAACUGAGGCCCAAACGCAGGGAUCACAAAGACCACAAGAAGGAGAACCUGAGGCGCAUGCGAGAGAUCCAGCGGAAGUGCCGAGAGAAAGAACAAGCUCGGCAGCUGAGUCAACCCAAGCCGGUGAAAGCUCUCUGGAAGUCCCAGAAGUAUGAAAAUGUGGAAUCCAAAGUCAAGGCAAAGUUGCAGGAGAAUCCGAGCCCCCCUCAUCCAGAGGCUCAGAAGUACUUGAGAGCCUAUUCUCGCUGUGGCACAGGAAUCCAUCCUCGCCGAUCGCCGUCCCCAAACCCUUCCCAGUUGUGUGAAAUGGAUUCAGGAGCUGCCCCGGCUCAGAACGGGAACGGCAAGGUCCCAGAGAACAGCGGCACGGUGGAUUUCGUCAGCCACAACGCCCAAAACGCAAAACGCGCCACGCUGCAACGCUCCCGCUCCCUGCAGUCGAUCAACAAAGUCCUGGAGCAGAAGCAGAAAGAUCUGGAAGAGUACAACACCAAGCAGAAAGGCCACGUGCCCCACUACCUGAUUGAGCGGAAGGACCACUGGCGCAAAGAAGCCGAGGAACGCCUGCGUAACACGCCUGAUCCUGACACGCCACCUGGCCAUGCCAUGAUGCCCGAGAGCCAGCGCCUAGAAACCCUCAAGAACCUCAAAGAGAGCCAAGCGAAGCUCUUGAAGGAGCUCCUGCUGCUUCCCGUGAGAAUCGAUACUCUGAGUGUCCAAACCCGGCGAGUUUCUUUAGAGAAGAAGCUGUCACAGAUCGAAGAGGCCCUCAAAAUCUUCUCCCGGCCCAAAGUCUUCGUCAAGUUGGACUCCUAAGCAGGGAGGCCAUUUUGUCUUCAGCCUCUCCAGCCUCUUGCACUCAUAAGUUCCACAGGUGGCUUUGCUUCCUCACACGGUGGCUCCCGCAAUGUAGGUUUGUCUUGUGGCGUUGUCCGUUGUUCUGGCUGUAAGCCCUGAUUCUUUUCAGCACGAGGAAGCAAAUCCGCGUGUCUCGGUCAGGCAUGGGAAACCAGCGCAAGCAGUAAGGAUUAAGAGCCGGGAAAAUGAAAAAAUGGAACCCAAAAGCUUUUGACGGGCCAAGAGAGCGGUUUCCCAAAUUCCGUAAACCUUCUUAAGAAGGUCUUCCCUUUCAAGCAAAGGAAAAGCUUUAUUAUUAUUAUUUUUAAAAAAGUACACAUUUUCAGCGAGUUUAGAGGAGUGUGUGCAUUUUUAACUGAGAACAGUUUUAAACAAAUAAAGCAUGUUUUGUAAGCUAAGUGUUCUGUCU